AUGGGUACACUUCUGAACUGUCCAUCUUUGCCAAAUUGCAACUGCCAUUUUAAUUGUCUCUUGAUCAUGACUGCCACCGACACCGCGGGGUUCAAUCCUCGCACUCAACUCGUUCCUCAUAUUGUGGACCAUUAUGCCAAGAUCAAGCCCGAUGCCAUCUACGCUGAAUAUCCCGUCUCGCUCACCACGUACGAGCACGGCUACCGACCAAUCUCCUUCAAGGCCUUUGCCAAUGCUGUCAACGGUAUUGCCUGGUGGCUCCUCGAGAGGUUGGGCCCAGGCAACGGCGAGAUCCUGGCCUACGUAGGCCCUAAUGACCUUCGAUACCCGGCGUUAGUACUGGGCGCCAUCAAAGCAGGAUAUCGGAUGUUCCUCACCUCCCCGCGCAAUAGUGUCGCCGCGCAUCGCAGUCUGCUCGAUCGACUGAAUUGUACCAAACUGGUCGCCCCGGUCCCGCGACCACCUCCCAUCACGGCCAUCUUGGAGGCACAGACGCUGGACGUCUUAGAGGUUCCCAGCAUAGAUGAUCUGCUCAACACCGAGUACCCGCAUUUCGAGUACGCAAAGACCUAUCCCGAAGCCGCUGGGGAGACUUUUGCCGUCAUUCACACAUCCGGCUCGACAGGUAUCCCCAAACCGAUCGUCUGGACGCACGAUACCGCGGUCAAACACAUGCAUAUGACUGAGCUGGGGGCUCCCGUGGGGUUUGAGAGCCUGCACCGAUACUUGUUUGGCAAAAGGAUGUUCCUCGUGCCGCCUCCUUUUCAUGCAGCCGGACUUGCGUACUCGCUAUUUAUCAGCAUCCCAGUCGGCACCACCGUCAUCUUUCCCACGUCCGCAGGUUUGCCGACCGCCGCGGCGCUGGUUGAGGCGAGAAAGCAGACGCAAAUAGAUGUCCUGCUUGGGGUUCCAUCCAUCAUUCAAGAGCUCUCACAAAGCCCCGAGCUCCUAGAAUACUGCAGCCAGCACAUGGAGCGCUUGGUGUACUGUGGAGGAGAUCUACCCCAGCCGAUUGGAAACAAAGUCGCAGCCAAGAUCCCCCUCAUGAACUUAUAUGGAGCGUCGGAAGUGGGCAUGAUCUGUCUAGUAGCCUCCACGACCAACCGCGAUCCGCUGACUGAUUGGAGGUAUCUCCAUAUCAACCCACGCAUGGGCGCCGAGCUCCGCCACGUUUCAGACAGCGAGUAUGAGCUCGUCAUUGUCCGCAACCCGGAGUAUGAAGCUCACCAAUUCUCCUUCACUAUCUUCCCUGACCGGAAAGAAUACCAUACAAACGAUCUGUUCGUCCGGCACCCCGACCCCGCCAAACCAGACCUCUGGCGUUGGAGCGCGCGCGCUGACGAUAUAAUCGUGUUCCUGAACGGUGAGAAGACGAACCCCGUGUCGAUGGAGCAAUAUAUUGUGGCGCAUAAUCCAGAGGUCACGGCAGCCUUGGUAGCUGGUGCGCGCCGCUUUCAGGCAUCUCUGCUGGUGGAGGUGGGCAACCGGGAUCUGAAUGCGACUGAACGCGCUGCCAUGAUCGAGAAGCUCUGGCCCAGUAUUGCAGAGGCGAACGUCGUGUGUCCUGCCCACGCCCGGAUCGCCAAAACUCACAUCCUUUUCACCAGGCCUGCCCAGCCCAUGCUCCGGGCAGGCAAGGGAACGAUCCAGCGAGCCGGCACGCUGGCGCUGUACACAGCGGAUCUGGACGCCCUGUAUGCGGAUGCGGACAGACUCUCCAAGGACGACAACGACCAGGCUGGACCCGGUCGGGUGGAGGAUCCAAAGAUCACCCAGGAAUACAUCCGACAAUCGAUACUCGACAUUACCGGGUGGAAGCCAGACCAGCUGGCUACGGGCACGGAAAACUUCUUUCACCUAGGACUGGACUCCCUGCAAGCGAUCACGGCGACGCGGGUUUUCCGACGCGGGCUGGACUUGGCUGACUUCAGCCCUAACUUGAUCUACCUGCACCCCUCGGUGACGGAAUUGACCGACGCAGUGCUGCGCAUUCAGCAAGAUCAGACCGCGUCGAGCGAGGCCACCAAGACCGUGCAGUUGCAACAGCGCGACCAGCUCCUGCGGGAGUUCAGUGCCCAGCUCAGCACCGAUCGCACCACGUCCUCGUCCAAUGCUUCGCGCCCAAACACCCACACCGUCAUCCUGACCGGCUCGACGGGCAAUCUGGGCACCUAUCUCCUUGAUGCCCUGCUCAAAACCCCCGGCGUGAGCCAUGUGCAUUGCCUGAACCGCAAGGCCGACGCCGCUGAUGUGCAGCGUCAGAAGAGCGCCGCCUACACGCUGCAUCCCGACCUCUCGCGCGUGAGCUUCUGGACAGCCGACCUGACUGCCCCGGACCUCGGCCUCAGCCCUGAGACCCUCACCAGACUUCAACAAACCACCACCCUGGUGAUCCACAACGCGUGGGCCGUGAACUUUAAUCUGUCCCUCGCCUCCUUCCGCCCCCAGCUUGCCAGCGUCGUCAACCUCCUCAACUUCUCGCACCACGCCACCCACCUCCCACGGCUCUUCUUCAUCUCUUCGAUCAGCUCGACCAUGGGCCACCGGACACCGGACCACCUCACGCCCGAAACCGUCAUCGAGACUGCAACCCCCGGACCCAACGGCUACGCCGACAGCAAGUACAUCGCCGAACAUCUCCUCCACCAUGCCACCCGCCAGAACCAGACCCGCACCGUGCUCGCCCGCGUCGGUCAGGUCGCCGGCGCGGUCCAUGCCCCGGGACUCUGGAACCGGACCGAGUGGUUCCCGAGCCUGGUCGUGAGCUCGCUGCACGUCGGCGCGCUGCCGGAUACCCUGGGCCCGGCGCUGGAUCGCAUUGACUGGAUGCCCAUUGACCUGCUCGCCGAGGUCCUCGUCGAUCUUGCCGUCCGCGAUGAUGAGGACUCCGCCGGAGACGCAGUGCGGGUCUACCACCCGGUCAACCUGCACCCCCGCAACUGGACCGAUCUCCGGCCCGAGGUUGCUGCGGCGCUGGCCACCACCGCGGGCAAGGCGGUGCAGACGGUGGCAUUCCGCGAGUGGGUGCUGCGCGUGCGGAAGGAUCUCGAGACGGCGGGGGCUGGGGCGCAUCUGACUGAGUCGCAGUUGCUGAAGGUGCUGGCGCGAAAUCCCGCAGCGAAGCUGUUGGAGUUCUUCGAGGGGAUCAUGGGGCAGGAGGGGCGGGAAAAUGUGCUUGAUACUCGGGAUACCGCGGCGCGGAGUGAGCGGCUGCGGGCUGUCGAGUCCAUGCAGGCGGAGUGGGUACGGAAGUGGGUGGGAGAGUGGAUUGGUUGA